UUUAACAACUUUAAAAUCAAUGGUGAUGAGUUUGAUGCAUCUCCAGAGCUAUUUCAUCCACUGAAAGAGUUGAAAAUUCUAGAUCUGACAAACAACAGAGUCAAAUCUGUGGAAUUUCUGUCCAAUGCAAAUCUGAUCAGGUUGGAAGUGUUGAGGGUAAACCUGAAUGAGAUAAAAGUUGUGAAUGAGACAGUUUUUAGGGCUCUCCCUUCACUAAAAUACCUCGACUUAUCUGACAAUCCUUUUGCAUGUAACUGCUCAAACGCUGGGUUCAUAAGCUGGGCGAUCAGAAACAAACAAGUCCAAGUGGUCAAUGCUUAUCUGUACAGAUGUUCUUCUCCUCCGACUGAAGAAGGACACUUUCUGCUGGACUUUAAUGUGCAGCUGUGUUGGGAGUUCACUGGCUUCCUCUGCUUCAUCUCCACCUCUGCUUUGGUCCUUGUCACUCUUCUGUCCUCCUUCACCUAUCACUUUCUGCGCUGGCAGCUGGUCUACGGCUUCUACCUCCUUCUGGCAUUUCUCUACGACAGUAAAAAGAAGAGACAGGCCUGUCCUGACAUCUACGACGCGUUUGUGUCCUACAAUGUCCAUGAUGAGGACUGGGUUUAUGGAGAGCUACUCCCUGAACUGGAAGGGGUACAGGGAUGGAGGCUGUGUCUGCACCACCGCGACUUCCAGCCAGGGAAACCCAUCAUUGAGAACAUCACAGACGCCAUCUACAGCAGCAGGAAGACUCUGUGUGUGAUCAGCCGCCGCUACCUGCAGAGCGAGUGGUGCUCACGGGAGAUACAGAUGGCCAGUUACCGUCUGUUCGAUGAGCAGAAGGACGUGCUGAUCCUGUUGUUUCUGGAGGAGAUCUCGUCCAAUCAGCUGAGUCCCUUCUACCGCAUGAGGAAGCUGGUGAAGAGCCGCACGUAUCUGAGCUGGAGCCAGGCCCAGAGCCAUAAGGGCCUGUUCUGGGAGAAUGUACGCAGAGCGUUAGAGUGUGGCAACGAACCUACAGACAACCACAACCUUCUAACUGCUAACGUUUAUUAG